AUGACGCCGAGCACUCUCAAAGCCGUGAAGUCUAAAGUUUUGAACGACGAACAGUUGCGUGUGGUCGAAGACGUCGUGUCAGGUGCGGGGAAGCAGUAUCCAUAUAUUGUUUGGGGGCCGCCCGGUACCGGAAAGACACUCACGAUCGUGGAAUGCGUCGCGCACGUGCUCGAGAUGUUCCCUCACGCGAGAGUACUGCUCGCGGCGCCCUCGGCGUUCGCCGCGGAUAUUCUUUGCUCGCGCUUGGCGAAGCGACUCACCCCUUUCAAAAAGAAAAUGAUCGUACGCGUGAACGACGUUCGUCGCACGCCUGAAUCCUACGCGAGCGUGCCAUUUCACUUCUUCAAGCGACCGGAUCCUCUGAAACAUUUGAAACAUGCGCGCGUCGUCGUGUGCACGUGCACGAGCGCUGCUUUGUUGCGCAAGCUGCCGAUGCCUGUCGAUAGUGUCGUCGAGAACUGGACGCCGACGCAUAUUUUUGUCGACGAGGCGGCGCAGGCUUUGGUUCCGGAGACACUCAUUCCUUUGUCGCUCGCCAGUUCGGAAACUAGCAUCGUUCUCGCCGGCGAUUCCAAGCAGCUCGGUCCCAACGUGCACUCGAAAGAGGCUGCGCAAGCUGGUUUGCGAAAGUCUCUGCUCGAAAUGUGGAUGGAUCACUCAAAGGAAGAAGUCGCUCGAGGCGUCUGGAACGGCACGCAACUCCGAGCGUGCUACCGCUCGCAUCCCGACAUCGUCGCGCUGCCAUCGAGAAUGUUUUACGACGGUACCGUGGAGAGUUGCGCGCCGACGGCAAACACGGAUUUGCCAGCAAAUUGGGAGAACUUUUCUCGAGGCGCGGGCAACGGACGCGCGAGUCGUUUCCUCUUCUACGGCGUCAAGGGACGACAGCGCAGAGAAGGCAACACGAGCAGCUGGACCAAUCCGAUCGAAUGCGCCGAACUGGUCGACUUACUCGAAGCCUUACUGGAUAGCACGAACCUCACACCCGCCGACGUCGCCGUGAUGGCGACGUAUCGUCGACAAGUCGUGCUCAUUCGCAUCGCGCUUCGCGCGCGCUCGCUCGGCGCCAUUCGCGUCGGUACCGUCGACGAUUUCCAAGGGCAAGAGGAGAAAAUCAUCUUCAUCUCCACCGUCGUCACGCGUCCAACGACCCUCGACGCGUUGGAUUCCGAGAUUGGCUUCCUGAACAACCCCAAACGUUUCAACGUCGCAAUCUCCAGAGCGAUGGCGUUAAACGUCAUCGUCGGACAUCCCCUCGUGCUUCUUCAGAAUCCCCUAUGGGCCGAGCUCGUGCGCGAAUGCGUUCGCCGCGACGCCUUUCGCGGCGCCGGCGCCGAGUACCUUCCUCGUUUCGCCGGUGGCGGCCACGAUUUCGCCCUCCCGUCGUCUCUCGACGACGACGACGUCCGUCCCUCUCGCGGCGCCUCCGACGCCGUCGCCGACGCCGUCGCCGCCGUCGCCGAGCUCGCGCUCCUCGGCGGCGGCGCCUCGGACGCGUUGUCGUCCCAGGACGGUCACGCGUGGGACGAUUGGGGCGACGAGCCCUCCUGGCGCGUCGCCGUGUGA